AUGCCGCAUCAACAUGGAUGGACUGGCGGCGAGUCACCCACCCCCCCAACCCCGCGGGGCACCGUCCGCACCAACAAGGACAAUGUGCCCACAGCGUACCUCGAGUCAUACCCCUUCCCGGCAUUUGUCCUGCGUGUCCGCGCCCCACCCCCACCCCUCUCCCAAGGAAUGGCAGAGAGUAUCGGACCAGCAGCAGACCACAGCAUCCCUCGCUCGCCGGCGGCUCCUCACCUGUCGCUGCCACGAUAUGGAUCACACCCAUUUCACCUGUCCAGCCUCGCUGGCGGCGGAGAGUCUAGCAGCAGGCAUCGGCGGAAACACUCUCAGCCCGAUCUCGCCUCGCGACACGAGUCGCCUGCGCCAGAAGGCGUGCUGCAGUCCGCCAGUGUGCCACGCCGCCCGUCGCUGCACCAUUUCGAGUCUGACACGACUGUUCGCGGUGCUGCGAAUCUGUCGAGCGCAGCGUCUCCUUUGAGCCGCGGACACGAGUCACCGACUGGGUUCGCCGGCGGCACGUCCAGGCUCGGCCUGACGGACGACGGCGCAGCCCAGACUGGCCUGCCGGUACAUAGCCCACGUCCGGGCUUGUUCUCCAUGACGCAGUCGGGCAGAACACCACAGCAGGCGCCCUCGCCGCCCGAGGUAUCCCCUUGGGGUACACCCGACUCUUGGUCUUCUACUUCCUCUAGCUCGGGAUCUGCACGUCGGACGUCUACCGACCCGACAACCACCCAGGACACGUCUGUCGAUGACCUGCUGUUGCGAGCUACCAGCCAGAGCAUGUCCGAGUCCAGCAGGCCGCUGCAUACCCUCCAACUCGGCAGCGUCGCUCCAGUGAGCGCGCCCUUGUCGGCCGGCGCGAGAGUGGAGUGGGCCAACGAACACGCGCAUCGCAUACUGCGUGGUCGACCGCUGAGCGAGCUUGUGGACGGCCAUUUGCUGGCGGCAUUCCAGGAGUGGGCUGAGUGCGACGUGGACAGCCGCGAAACUACCGUGUUCACCCUCGAGGUGCUGGACCCACCCACCGCGCUUGAGCUGGUCAAGGCGCGACAGCGGCGGGAUCCAGCGCUGGAGACUGUGCUGGUAGUGCUCACGGCGAUACGGGUGGUCGACCGCCUACGUGGUGACGAGCCAAAGGACGCUUCCACUCCAGCAGCCGGUGGCCAGCGUCCCGUACGGCCCGCCCACCCGACUGUGGGCCCAGCGUUGGUUCCGCCACUGCCGGUAUCGCCAGACACAUACUCUGUCAUCCUCCCGUUCCGACGCAAAACGCGACAGGGCAUGGCGUACUCGACUGACCGGAUUGCUGGCCCAAAGCAGGAUGUGGCAAAACAGUGCCACCUGUUGCUAGAGGAACUCGACUGGACCCAAACAAGCCUUGGCCCAAAGGAAACUUGGCCACCCGAGAUUCUCAGUGCAAUUUCCAUUGCCUUUUCGAGCUUUACGCAGGACGUGGUGUUUGUCGGCGAGGACCUGCGCAUGGUCUACAAUCAAGGCUACUCUGUCAUCAUCGACCACCCAGCGUCGUUUGGCCGGCCUGUCAGCCAGGUGUGGGCGCCGCUGUGGCCUGACGUGGGGCCACUCCUGAGGCGCGUCUGGGAAGGGGAGCCGGUCCACCACGAAAACGACGCACUGUUCCACGAGCGCAAUGACCGUGGUCGCUUUGUGGAACGGUACCACUCGUACUCGCUCAUCCCGAUCGUUACGGCCAAAAAAGAGGUGGUGGGCAUCUAUAGCCCGUCGCUGGACACGACGGACCGCGUGCUCGCCGAACGCCGGCUGGGGACCUCGCAGCAACUCGCGUCGCAAGUGUCCCUCGCGCGGUCUGUCCGCGAGUACUUUGACGCCGUCGCAGAGGUCCUCGAGGACAACCCGGCCGACGCCCCGUUUGUCAUCUGCUACUCUGUGCGCGAACAGUCUCCGUCGAGCGAGUCGUCAACCACCGUCGAGCUCUGUCUCGAGUCGACCGUGGGCAUCCCACAGGACCAUCCCUGCGCCCCCAAGUCGCUCCGGAACGUUAUUCCACGGACCAUCUCAGCACUGGGAACACCCAGCCAACACUCACAGAUGGCCCAUGAGCGCAGCUCCAUCACCAGUCCCAAGAUAUCUGCUGCGCCUUCGUCGGCAUCAGUCUCGUCCUUGGGCACGACCGGGUCACGGCGCAAGGCGCCACGGCCAAUGUUGAUGCAGACGGGAGAGGACCAGCACAUGUGGCCCAUUGCGCGUGCGCUGGCCUCACGGCAGUGCGUAGUGUUUGACAACUGUUCCGAGCUGGUCAAGGGCCUCCCUAUCCGCCAGUGGGACGAGCUACCGGACAUGGCCAUUGUCAUACCCCUGUGCCGCGAAGAGUCGUGGCAGACCCCCCCAGGAGUGAUGAUUCUCGGUCUCAACCUGUUCCGCCCGCUCGAUUCCGACUAUGAAGAUUGGCUCCAGGCCAUUCGGAGCCAGCUAGUGUCGGCGCUCGGUUCAGUUACCGCGUACGAGGAAGAGGUGCAGCGCCAGAUGGAGAAGGAUAAGCUUCAGCGAGCCAAGACGGCGUGGUUCCGUGGCAGUGCGCAUGAGCUGCGCUCGCCGCUCACGCUGAUCGAUGCGCCACUGGAAGACCUGCGAGAGACAGACUUGACACCGUCGCAGCGCCAGAGUCUGGCCAUGGCACAGAAGAAUGUCCACCGCCUCUCGCAGCUCGUCAACGCGUUGCACGACUUUACACGUAUCGAGUCGGGCCAUGUCCAGACGCGGUUCACGCCGACAGAUCUAAAGCCGUUCGUCUCCGAGCUCGCGGGCAUGUUCAGACCCGCCAUUGAGCGGCUCGACAUUGGCUUCACCCUCGACAUACAGGAACGUGACGAGCCCGUGUGUCUCGAUCCGGUGCUGUUUGAAAUCGUCGUCUCAAACCUCCUCAUGAACGCGCUCAAGUAUACCGAGUCGGGCACGGUCGCUCUCCGCGUCGCGUACGACAGUUCACAUGCCGACAUCUCCGUCAUUGACUCGGGCUCUGGCAUCCCUGCCUCGGAAAUUGACACGGUUACCGACUGGUCUCACCGCACCGACACGGGCGUCAACCGCCCGACCGACAGCACGGGGAUUGGCCUCGCGCUUGUACGGGAAAUCGUCCGCUUGCACAGGGGCCAGCUGGUUAUCGAGAGCGCGACGGCCGACGAGAACGCUACGGGCACGCACGGGUCAACGUUCACCGCACGUAUCCCGACCGACCUGCCACCUGCCGUCGAGACGGUGGCGCAAGCAUCGUUUGGCGCGUACGGCCGGCAGAUGGCGCGCGAGGUCCGCUCCUGGGUGCGCGACGACAAGAGUGAUCCCGGUGCGACCCAGUCGAUUGGGUUUGCCGAGGGACUCAUGUUUGAGCGCUCCGACGUGCUCCUCGUCAUCGACGACAGCAAGGAUAUCCGCACGUACAUCAAAUACAUGUUUGCACCGUUUGUCACCGUCAUCGAGGCGGCAAACGGGGCCGAGGGUCUGCAGCUCGCCAUCGACAGGACACCAGACCUCGUGCUGUGUGACCUCCUCUUGGGCCAAAUGUCCGGCCUGGAUGUCCUGGCCGCCCUCCGUGCCGACCAUACAAUGCGCGUCGUACCGUUUGUGCUCCUCUCGGCAGCCACAGACGACGAGACCCGCGUCGACGCCUUUUUCGCCGGCGCGGACGACUUCCUCCUCAAGCCGUUCAAGCCCAAGGAGCUUCUCAUGCGCGUUCACCUACACAUGCAAAUGGGCAAGAAGCGCGCCAAGCUUGAGAAACUCUUCGCCGAGCGCGAGCAGGAAAUUGCUGUCCUGUCCGACUAUUGUCCGUCGGGGAUCGUGCGUACCGACGCACGAGGCUACGUCACCUACACGAACGAAGCGUUUCGCGAACCCGCAGGUAUGGGGCCUGAUCAAAAUCCAAACCUCUGGGUGGACUACUGCGGUGCCGAGACGUGGACACGUCUUGAGCCUGUAUGGCAAGAGAUCCUGUACGGCGACAAGACGCUCACGGAGUUGCAAUGGAAGUGGCUCACGGGCCGCACCAUGAGUGGCGUGUUCAUCCGUCUCGACAAAGUACGUCCGGGCAUGUCAGGCAUUAUUGGCUGCGUGACGGACAUUUCGUACCAAGAAGAAAAACUCCUCGCGGCCGAACGACGCCGGGUCGAGGCAGAGGAGAGCAAGCACCAGCAAGAAAUGCUCGUCGACCUCAUCAGCCACGAGAUACGUACCCCCGUAUCGGCCAUCUUGCAGUGUUCGUCGCUUGUCAAGGAAAACCUCGUCGCGCUAAAGGAACAACUGCGGUUCACGGGCGAAAAGGGCUUCAAGCCGUCGGCAGCGUUGCUGGCCGACUUGGAAGAAGACGUGGGCGCACUAGACAGUAUCUACCAGUGCGGCCUGGUCCAGGAGCGUAUUGCAGGGGACGUGCUGUCGCUGGCCCGUAUCCAACUCGACAUGCUGUCGCUGCACGAUGUGGAGAUGGACCUGCGCCGAGAAGCGCGCAAGGUCCUUUCGGUGUUCGCCUCCGAGGCCCGCAUGAAGAAGAUUGGGAUCCACGUCAAGUUUGGCGAGACCCUCCAGCUCCUCGGCGUGUCGAGCAUCAAGACGGACCCAGUGCGCCUGGGACAGGUGGUGACCAACUUGAUCUCCAAUGCGAUCCGGUUCACGGCGUCGAGCGAAACGCGCCGCAUCUCGGUCAUGUACGACGUCGCUUGGGACCCGCCCAUACCUGGCACUUACACUGUUCCGCCGGCGCCAAGUUCCCCACCGCCCACCUCGCCCAUGGAGGCAGACACCCCGAUAUACCUCUACGUGUCAGUGCAGGACACGGGGCCCGGCAUGCCGGCUUCUGAGACAGAGGUUCUCUUCCAGCGCUUCAGCCAAGGUAACAAGAUGAUCCACACACAGUACGGCGGUACUGGUUUGGGUCUGUACAUUUGCAAGAAGAUCACCGAGCUGCUCGGCGGCGGCAUACAGGUCCAAAGUGAGGUCGGCAAGGGCACCACGUUCCAUUUCUUCAUCCGUGCCACGGCCAACACGGCCCCUACGACCGAACUGCGAUCCGUCACCUCCAACUCGACGCUCGCCAGUAUAUCCAUCACCACCCCAUCCAUUGCCCCCUCCGUGACCCGCCAUAGCUCGCACGACAGCCAGAGCCCCGGCAGCGAGGACGCAGACGCGCUCGCCGCGGCGGCCGCCACGGCCACGUUCCACGUCCUCAUCGUCGAGGACAACAUCAUCAACCAGACCGUGCUCCGGCGCCAGGUGCUCAAAGCCGGCCUCACGUGUGAUGUAGCGGACAACGGCCAAGAAGCGCUCGUGGCCAUCCACGAGGCUCACCGCCGCGCGAGGCUGGGUACGGGGACGGGCUACGACGUGGUCCUCAUGGAUCUCGAGAUGCCGAUCAUGGACGGGCUCACGGCCCUCAAGCACCUCCGCGACGCCGAGGAGGCCGGGUCGCUCAGCCGCCAGCUCGUCAUUGCGCUCACAGGAAACGCGCGUCAGGGCCAGAUCGACCAGGCUAUCAGUGCAGGAAUGGACGAUGAAGCGGCUGCGGUUGUGCGGUUCCUGUUGCGGUACUCCCUGCGGAAGAAGCACUGUCCUACUGCGGACUGGUCGGUCCUCCCUUUGUCAAAGUUUUGGCUGCACGGCUUUGCUGACGCCGCAGUCGUCAUAAAACCGUACCAUCUCCCCGACCUGAUCGCCAAGAUGCGUCGUGCCGUGAUUGCGCGCCGUGCAGAGCAUCGCGAAGACGACGACCAGUAG